AUGUCUGGAGACCCACGCGACGAUGAACUGCCGAGCUAUGAGGAGGUAAUCAAAGAAGAGGAGCGGUUGCAAGCCCAACCGCCACGGCCACCAAGACCAGCGACCAGCGCGGCUCCAAGGCCCCAGCAAAGGCCUUCCACAGUGCCAUCAUCGUCGACCUCCCACACACAUACACAGUCCCAUUCUUACACGUCUUCGAGUUCUCAUGUACGUCCUCCACCGAAACCGCAACAGAACCCAAGCUUGCCCUGGGCAUACCCUCCUAGGUUUUACUGUUCCAAAUGUGGCAAUACGGGCUACAAAAUCAAAAAUGGACGAUCUUGCAAGUCAUGCUGGAGAAGGUUCGCACCUCAAAAUAAUGCUGUCACUGCCCCCACAUAUUACUCGAAUUACACAAUGCCGGUGUACACCAGCGCAUGGCAGGGAAACAGGCCCUUGUACGUUCAGCCCGGAGAUCCUCGACUUGGAGGUGUCCUAUGCGGUGAAUGCAGAGGGUCCGGACGUACCAGGUUCCUUCUAGAUGAAGAUAUAUGUCCCCUGUGCCAUGGUGUGGGUAGGAUAAUUACCCAGUCCCACCGCUAA